AACAACUUCGAAUCGUUAAUUGGCGUCACUUUUUUGUCGCAAUUAACUUCUGAGGAUUUGCUUGUGUAGAUUCUUUUUCUUUUUGUAUCGCUUUUGGACUUUUAGUGAAAACGCUUUGCUUUCUGUCUUUUGUUUUGCUCCAUUUGGAUAUCCCGUGGAGACAGAACAUCGUUACACUGCGAGGAGAAAAUUCACUUCUGCACGGGGCUUGGCUGGGAGCUUUUUUCUCCACCUGUUUUGUUUUCCCGAUGGUUCGUGUUGUAUUUUUUUGCGAUUGAUUUUUCUGUUUCUUCAUUGGAGUAUUGUAAGAGAUCAAGGAAGAGCGCGCAAUCGGACUCAAGUUUGUUGAUUAGAGAGCCGCGGUGGUGGGAGCGUUUGUUUUGUUCCACGGAAGAGACACCAACAGGACGGGGGGUCGAGGAUUGGUGUUUUCAAGGGCCCCUUUUCUUCGGGGACGAUCCAGGAUGAAUUUAUUGUAGUCCACAGUUUCCCGUUACUGCUUCUCCGUGUUUUCUGAAACAGGUUAAAACAUAAACACCGAGACCAUCCAAUUCCUGGAGGAGAGCUAGCUAGCCAUGUUUCCUCAAAGCAGACACCCGACGCCGCACCAAGCUCCCGGUCAGCCGUUUAAAUUUACGAUUCCGGAGUCUUUGGACCGAAUAAAGGAAGAAUUUCAGUUUCUACAGGCCCAGUAUCACAGCCUGAAGCUGGAAUGUGAGAAGCUGGCCAGUGAGAAGACGGAGAUGCAGCGGCACUACGUGAUGUACUAUGAGAUGUCCUAUGGACUCAACAUUGAAAUGCACAAACAGACUGAGAUUGCAAAGAGGCUGAACACAAUCUGCGCUCAAGUCAUCCCCUUUCUGUCUCAGGAACACCAGCAGCAGGUGGCUCAGGCUGUGGAGCGGGCCAAACAGGUGACUAUGGCCGAGCUCAAUGCCAUCAUCGGGGUACGUGGACUUCCUGGUCUGCCUCCUACACAGCAGCAUCUGUCCCAUAGUCACGGCCCCCCGGUUCCGCUGACGCCCCACCCGGCAGGGCUGCACCCACCUGGACUGCCUCACCUGGGCGGCAGCGCCAGCCUGCUCGCCCUCUCCAGCGCCCUCGGAGCACCGCCGCACCUGCCCAAGGACGACAAAAAGAGCGGCCACGAUUCGGAACACCACAGAGAACGAGAGCCAAGUACGAGUAACUCCCUGCUGAUGGCUGAGAGUAUGCGAGCAGCAGACAAACGCAGAAACCCUCCGGAGUUCUCCAGCGAUACCAAGAAGCGGAAAGCUGAGGACAAGGACUCUAGCCAUUACGACAGUGAUGGAGAGAAGAGUGACGACAACUUGGUAGUCGAUGUUUCCAAUGAGGACCCCGCCUCUCCUCGAGGUACGCCCAUCCCCUCGCCCAGGGAGAAUGGUCUGGACAAGACACGCCUCUUAAAGAAGGAUGCCUCUAGUAGCCCCGCCUCCACUGCCUCCUCUGCUAGCUCCUCCUCCCUCAAGUCCAAAGAGAUGAGCCUGCAGCAUGAGAAGGCCAGCACGCCCGUGCUGAAGUCCAACACACCGACUCCGCGAGGGGACGCCACCCCUGGGACCAGUGCCACGCCCGGGCUGCGGCCAGGCCUCGCAAAACCACCCUCCAUGGAAAUGCCACACCCACCCACUGCAGGCCUGAGGACCCCCCUGGCGGUUCCAGGCCCGUACCCUGGCCCAUUUGGGAUGGUGCCCCCCCACGCUGGCAUGAACGGGGACCUCACCAGCCCGGGUGCCGCCUACGCCGGUCUCCACAGCAUCUCCCCUCAGAUGAGCGCUGCUGCUGCUGCCGCUGCCGCUGCCGCCGCCUAUGGACGCUCCCCCAUGGUCGGCUUUGACCCACAUCCUCACAUGAGAGUGCCUGGCAUGCCUCCCAACCUGCCCGGGAUCCCUGGAGGAAAGCCUGCGUACUCCUUCCACGUGAGUGCAGACGGACAGAUGCAGCCCGUCCCCUUCCCUCCGGACGCUCUGAUUGGCCCAGGGAUCCCGCGCCACGCCCGCCAGAUCAACACGCUGAGUCACGGAGAGGUGGUUUGUGCCGUCACCAUCAGCAACCCCACCCGCCAUGUCUACACCGGGGGCAAGGGCUGCGUCAAGGUGUGGGACAUCAGUCACCCCGGCAACAAGAGUCCCGUCUCCCAGCUGGACUGCCUGAACCGGGAUAACUACAUCCGCUCCUGCAAGCUCCUGCCAGAUGGGUGCACCCUCAUCGUGGGCGGGGAGGCCAGCACGCUGUCCAUCUGGGACCUGGCCGCUCCCACCCCCCGCAUCAAGGCGGAGCUGACCUCCUCCGCCCCCGCCUGCUACGCCCUCGCCAUCAGCCCCGACUCCAAGGUGUGCUUCUCCUGCUGCAGCGAUGGAAACAUCGCCGUGUGGGACCUGCACAACCAGACCCUCGUCAGGCAGUUCCAGGGGCACACGGACGGGGCCAGCUGUAUUGAUAUUUCCAAUGACGGCACCAAGCUGUGGACAGGAGGCCUGGACAACACCGUCAGGUCCUGGGACCUGAGGGAGGGCCGGCAGCUCCAGCAGCACGACUUCACCUCACAGAUCUUCUCUCUGGGUUACUGUCCCACUGGAGAGUGGCUGGCGGUUGGCAUGGAGAGCAGUAAUGUGGAGGUGCUACAUGUCACCAAACCGGACAAAUACCAGCUGCAUCUUCACGAGAGCUGUGUGCUGUCUCUGCAGUUUGCAUACUGUGGUAAAUGGUUUGUGAGCACAGGGAAGGACAACUUGCUGAAUGCCUGGAGAACACCUUAUGGAGCCAGCAUAUUCCAGUCAAAGGAGUCGUCCUCCGUGCUGAGCUGUGACAUCUCCGUGGAUGAUAAGUACAUUGUCACCGGCUCUGGGGACAAGAAGGCCACUGUCUAUGAAGUUAUCUACUGAAUACCAAAGUCUUUUUUCCAGAUCUAUUUUUGUUACACAUCUGAACUGACAUGAAGUCAGAAAACUCAAAACUCACCUGUCCUCUGUCAGGUGAUCCAGUCACACCAGUCCGCUCUGACAGGUGAUCCAGUUGCACCUGUCCAUUCUGUCAGGUGAUUUGAAUUCUCAGAUCUGUUCCAGUUCCGGGGGGGGCAGGUGGAUGGAUGUCUUGGAGAGAUUGUGAAAAGAAGCGGGUUUGUAAUGUUUUUAGACCAAGAAUGCAUUGCGUCUCAGUGACCUCAGUCCUUACUGUCACAUUUUGACCCCUGACCUCUGACCUCUUGUGAUGUGUCCCUAUCUACAUGCUUUUGCCACCUUGUGACAUUACCUUUUUUGAUGUUCAAGCAAAUGUACAAAUUGUAUAUAUUUGGUUAUUACAGUAAAUGCUUUAGCAACAUUUGGUAUGUCUUUUAAAAUAACAUA